CGCCGAUGAGGAGAUUGGAGUUCCCAGUGGCGGAGUGCCCCACUCUCCUCCACCGACAGUUAGUCCACGCCGUCCUACGUCGCCUUCCCGUCCCCGCGCCGCCUCCUCACGCGGUGCUGAGAUUCGGAGCAUUCCCAACGAAGCGGCAGGAGCUGCAGCACUGACACACGUCGAUGAGAAUGAGACGAGUCCUGAAUCACACACACACGCCCCCGCCAUGCCUAGAUUAGACGAACGGCCCCCUUCCCUCGUUGCCCCCCUCCCAUUCGAUGUCGGCGGCUACCUUGCUUGCCGAGCCGUCCAUCCCCCCUUGCGAGCGCGACAAAGGUUCCUCGUCGCUCUAUCUCCGGAGCCAGUCACGACGGCAUCUUUCAUCGCGUUCCACGUCCAAAUCCCCAGGGCCUUCCGCUCAAAAGGUACCCAAGGGACGAGUGAGCUUAUGUCCUGACUCCCCUCUACCUACCUUUCUCCACCAUAUCGCCGUUGUUUCAUCUCUUGACUUCCGUCCACUACCUGUAUCGAGGAACGGCCAGACACAUUGCUCAGCAUCACUGUCACUCCUCCUCAUUCCCUCUUGCACGCACCCACGACUCAGCAUGGCAGCCGCCCCUGCUCCCUCGUCUUCUUCCACUGUACGAGCUCGCGACUCGGAGACAGGUCGACGUCGUCGCCAAGCAUGGUCGCAACAAGAGGAUCAAGUCCUCAUCGAAGCGCUUCGAGCAGCCAAAGAGGCAGCUGGCGUACGCAGCGACGAUACAGCCUCAGCAGACCCGGACACGAUCUCACACAUCAGCUGGGCAAUGGUCGCCAGCCGUCUGCCAGGUCGUACAGCAAAGGACUGCCGUAAACGUCUAGUGUAUUCGCUCGACGUCAACUUGCGCAAGGGAGCCUGGACUGAGGAGGAGGAUCAGCAACUCCUUGAAGCCAUGUCGGCCUACGCCAAUCUUCGUAAUGGAGACAUGGCCAAAAUCAAAUGGUCAGCAAUUGCCCGAGCCAUUGGGACCCGCUCAGGUGACCAGGCAUCCAAACGAUGGCGUGAGGUCCUCAAUCCAGCCCUGAAUCGCGCCGAGUGGUCGCAAGAGGAAGAUCAACGCCUGAUGGAUCUCAUCGAUACGCAUCGAUCCGAUCACAGUAGCAGCGGCGGCGCAGGCAAUGGCCUCAAGGACUGGACUUUCUCAACGCCCUCUACUUCAUCUAGCUCUUCCUCUUCCUCACCCGAUCCCAACAGCGGCGUCCGGUUGGACUGCUCCUGGAACGAGAUAGCUAAGCAACAUGGCACUCGCACCGCUCUGCAGGUGCGGAAUCGCUUCAUGCUCAUCAGUCAGCUCAAGCACGGCGCUGGCAGCAACGGUGGUGCGGGUGCGGGAAUCCCCUCUUCCAUCUCACGGCUCGGGCCAGUACGACAAAACAUGUAUCGCGCCAAAUUGGCGUCGUUUUCUUCUACGACGUCCUCAUCUACUAGCAGCGGAGCAAGUGAUGAUGGCAGUCAGACCUCGCCCCACCUCCGCAAGUCUAUCUCAGCAACUUCCAGGUCGAGGGCAAGCUCUUCUGCCACCCGGAGCGUAUGGGACUACGAGCAUCAGCUAGGCCGGACGUACGACGCACGGGGUGGGAUUGACCCUAGCGUAGCUUCCAGCUCGGCAGCUCCGGCCUCGUACGACUCUCUGUCUGGUCCUCGACCCUCAUGGCAGCAAUCACCCUCGCUCUUCAGCAACUCCAGCUCCAUCCCGACUGCCGGUGGAUCUGAGGGCAGCUAUAGCCCGGCACGGGCGGCACAGUGGGCUACGAUGCCCCCCUCUACGACGAUCGCAUCCUGGUCACCGGCAAGCAUGGCAGCCCCCGUGUCCGUCAAUCCGGAUCAGCUGGCCCAGUCUGCUGGAGCCUUCACACUUCCUCCUUCCUUCUUCGGGCCUAGUGCUAUGGGUCAUACGAGCUCACAUCACUCUACUUCUGCCCCUGCUUCCCUCGACGCUGUCCAUUCCUCUUGGCCCACCUCGACUCUCGCUUCGACGACUGCGCCUCUGAUGGCAGGUAGCAGCGACGGCGUUUCAAGCGAGAUGGACUUCUAUCAAUCCCUGCUGGGCGGCGUUGCUCCUCCGCAGCCACCGCCGCCGCCGCCACCACCACACGGUCACAACGUCGGAGGUAGCGUCUCGCCCUGGUCGCAUGAGAUCGCCAACCCGUCUUUCUCGCAGCAACAGCAGCAGCAGCAGCAGCAGCAGCAGCAUCAUCAUCGACCUGCCGGCCUAGUCUCAAGAGGGCCAACGAACGAUCCAUACGACGCGAUUCGCCGGUCAUCUGUUGCCUCUUCGACGGAGUCCAGUGAGUACGGAAAUGCAGCUGGUGAUGAGGCUGCUCAGGCGCAAGGCGGUACGGGGCCCGGCAAGCAUUUGAAUAUUUUCGGUGGGGCUUUCGUGCUGUAG